CCAGAUGAGGAUGAAUGCACACCAGAGGCUGUGCCAGCACAGCUGCUCCAAUUCCCCCGGCGUCCUUUUCCUGCCGCUGCCAUCCCGGCUUCCGGCUGGCGCCCAACAAUCGCUCCUGUCUGGAUGUAGACGAAUGCUCCAUGGGCGCCCGCUGUGCCCAGCGCUGCCUCAACACCUUUGGCUCCUUUUGGUGCCGCUGCCGGCCGGGAUUCGUCCUCAGCUCCGACGGCCUCAGCUGUGACGGUACCAGACCCCCUCCCACAUAGGCCACGCCCCAACCCAUUAGGCCACGCCCACUUAGGCCACGCCCCCACACGGACCCCCACUAUAGUUGAGAUGUGACCCGAGGCCACGCCCACAUCGAAAUGACCACUCCCCCUCUCUGAGGCCACGCCCCCAAGCAGUGACCAUUCCCCAACCCCGUGACCCCCCACUGGAGUUGAGAUAGGA